GUUUCGGGCUCCCACCAAAAUUCCCUUAAACCCUCAUUGCAUUUCUAACGUUCAGAACUACACAGCUCCAAAAUUCUGCAUUCUGCAAUGUCAAACGAUCAAUCACAGCCGUUGAUCUCGGAGACUAAUAAACACUCGCUCGAUCAACGGCCGGAAUCUCCCCAACGGCCGUCGAAAUUCCCCAAGGUAAACGACGACGCCGGCAACGACGUUCUUGAAGGAGAAGAGCAGAAAGAGUCAGUAACUAGAACAAUGAAUCCUAAUCCUCGGCUACAGCGGUACCUGAUAGCAAUUGAGUACAUAGGAACUCGCUUCGCCGGUGCACAGCAACAACCUAAUUGCAGAACUGUAGUCGGUGUUCUUCAGGAAGCCUUCCAGAAGUUUGUUGGACAGCCAGUAUCAGUAUUUUGCUCGAGUCGAACUGAUGCUGGAGUACAUGCUUUAUCAAAUGUUUGCCAUGUAGAUGUUGAAAGGAUAAGCAAAAGGAAACCUGGUGAUGUGUUACCUCCUCAUGAACCUCUGGUGGUAAAAAGAGCUGUGAACCACUUUUUACAGAAGAACGAGGGUGAUAUAAUGGUUAUUGACGUUCGGUGUGUUCCUGCCGAUUUUCAUGCCAGAUAUAAAGCUCAAGAACGCACGUACUUCUACCGAUUGUUAUCUGGACCGGAGUCGGUAUCUAGCUUUGAGAGGGACCGGGCUUGGCAUGUGCCUGAGAAUCUGGAUCUUCUUGCCAUGCAGAAAGCAUGUAACAUUCUUAUUGGACGUCAUGACUUCAGUUCUUUCAGAGCAGCUGCUUGUCAGGCCAACUCACCCAUCAGAACUCUGGAUGAACUUAAUGUUAUUGAGGUCGUUUCAACUCCCUUUUUUCCAUCAAUCUCAGAGAGACUAAAGAGCAGUAGUGUCAUGGAGGAUCCAACUGUAUCCUUGGGUUCAGACACCAACCACUCCCAGAUCUCUUUGAACACCAAUGAAGAAAAGUUGGAAGGUUCAAACGGUGAGGCUUGUCAAGAGUUUGGCCUUAGAAGAAGACACCGUUGCUUCGUGGUAACCGCAAGGGCACGAUCUUUUCUUUACCAUCAGGUUAGGCUGCUUGUUGGAGUCCUUAAGUCAGUUGGGGCUGGAGUUCUGACAGAUCCAGAUGUAAAACGCAUCCUUGAAGCAAAAUCCAUUACUGCAGCACCUCCGAUGGCUCCUGCUUGUGGUCUUUAUCUUGGACAUGUCAAAUAUGAUUUGCCUCCCGAGACUAAUCAAAGCUAAUAAGAAGUAUUUGCAGACUAGUUUGAUGUUCUCUGAGCGUAUUUCUUGAUCGAGUGAAUUGACCAGCUUCUUAUUAACAACUAGCAAAGUUUGUAUGAGGUGGAUGCAAGUAGUUGGUAUCAAUUAGAUAUUUUGAUUUGUUAUGUUCAACCUUCAGGAACAUCUAAUGUCGGGAAUUGAAACGUAUUGUGGAUUUUAAAAUUGAUGAUUAUAUUGUGAUAUUGAGUUUCAACUCCCUACAUGAGAUGUUCUUGAAGGUUGAUCCCACCAUACCCUAACAAAUCAAGAUACUGUUACCAGAAAAAUGAUUUUGCUGUAGUAGGCUUGGAGAGAAAACAAAAGCAGUACUCUAGGAUGUAGUUCUGCACCGACUUCCAGUGUUACAGUUCAUGUAAUUUGUAUGUACAGGAAUCAAAAUGCUGGUUUCAUUUAUGCCACUUAUUUCCUGUUAAUUUUA